AUGUCAGCUCCUACUAUGAGAUCUACGUCAAUUUUGACGGAACACCUGCAGUAUCCACCAAUUUCACUUGUUGAUGAUAUUAUCAAUGCUGUCAAUGAAAUUAUGUAUAAAUGUACAUCUGCAAUGGAAAAAUAUCUAUUAAAUAAGAACUUUAUUGAGGGAAAAGAUUAUACUUCUGAAAUCAAAGUUGGGAUUGCAAAAUUAGAGACUUUACUAGAACAUUCUGUUGAUAAAAAUUUUGAUAAGUUGGAAUUGUAUAUUCUAAGAAAUGUAUUAAGGAUCCCACAGGAAUUAUUAGAUAAUAAUGUCUUUAGGUUAAAACAUCAAAAAGAUUUAGUCAUAGCAAACAAGGACCAGAUCGACGAUGGUGUUAAAGAGUUAAAAGAUAAGGUUUCAGAGAUUAAUAAAGCUUUCCAGGUAAAAUAUCAGUUACAGCAUAAAUUAGAUAGAACAAAAGUUCUUCUAAAUAAGACGAGGAAGUUCAAAGAAAUGGUAAUAACUAUUUUAGAAUGCAGAGAAGAUAGCGAUGUUAUUAAGGAAACCUAUAACUCAUUAAAACCAAUAGAUGAUUCAAUGAAACUAUUAACUAGUCAACUACGACAGUUAUAUAUUGAUAGUGAGGAAUAUGCAUCAAUGGAAACCGUAAAUAAUAUAAUAAAGAUGACACUUAAUGAGAAAAAUGAUGAGUUAUUAAAUUCAAGAUCAGAUUAUAUCGACUCAAGUGUCAAAGUAAUGCUACAGGAGAAUGUUGACAAACAAAAGUCUCUAUCAGUUCCAAUAGAGUUAGAAGAAUUAGAAUUGAAAGUUAAUGAUAUUCCUAAAGAGUUAGAUAUUGAAGACCCUGAUUUAUCGGUACUAGAAUGA